AUGCCAAGAAAGGAAGUAGCUUGUCGACAAGCUAGGCUAAUAUUCCCUAAAAGGCAAACAACUCUAGAUAUAAGACUACAAAUAUAUCAUACUUACUGUUGCAGUAACAGAAUGAUUGGAAGAAGUCAAUACAGCCUUGCUUGUAAAGUUAUUGGUCUUGUUGCCACCUUUGUUAUACUUUUUACAGCAAUGUCUUUAUAUAACAAUUCUGACCAAGAUUUAAGUCGCCUUCAAAGUGCCUUACAAACUAUAAAAAUGCUCAAGAUGAGCGCACAAGAUUCAGGUGUGAUGACUAUUGUAAAUAAAGUUUCGCAACCGGAAGUGCUCAGAUGGGAUGGUCAGAAGUGGAUCAAUUGGCCCAACUUUUGUUUAGACACUGGUAUAGAGAAUUAUGUUCUUGCCGAUUUACAUGCUCCAUCUGGGAACAUGCCAUUUUAUGUUCAUGAUAGUAAACACGAUAGCUAUACAUCUAGACACAUUCAAUCAAAGCAUACAUACGAGAAGUCGGAUUUAGAACUUAUGUAUCGACAUUUACAAGAAGAUCAAGAAAUGGGGUUAGUAGACGUCGGUGCUCAUGUUGGAUUAUAUUCCGCUACUGCAGCCUUAUUGGGACGGAAAGUUUUAACUGUCGAUGCUUUAUAUAUGAAUAACCAUGCAUGGUGCCAUUCAAUUGUUAAAAAUAAAUUUACAAAUCAAGUUAAACAGAUAUACACCAUCAUGUCGAGUGAACAUCGUUUGAUGUAUUUUAAAAAGUACGGCAUACAUGUCGGGGCAACUACAGUACAUGUGGCAGAGGACCAAUCUAAAAAAGUAUCGCCGAUGGAUAAAAAAUUCAUUCAUUCAGCAACCUUAGAUGACCUAUUGCCAUUAAUUACAUUCAAGGUGGUUUUUUUAAAACUAGAUGUUGAAAAGCACGAGUUGGAAGUAAUUUUGGGUGGAGAAAGAUUUUUUAGAGAGUUAAACGUGAAAUAUGUUCUUAUGGAGUGGAUUCAUCAUUUUGAUAAUAAAAGUCGAGAUAAUAUAACAGAACAAAUGACACGAUACGGUUUCAAAGCAUUUACUGCCGGAAGCGAAGAAAAGGAGGUUGAUAUGACCAAGCUUACGAGGUUGUACAACAUCUUUUGGAAAAAAGUACUAUAAUUUGCGUAGGGAGUGGUAUUUCAAAUAGUGUUCUGUAUGUUCAAAUAUGUUGGUAUUUUUAAAUUUAGUUUGUUACUUCCCUUUAAAUGCUUGACAAUGAACCGUACAGUCAUGAACAGAAUUUGUAAAAAAAAAUGAAAUGAAUUUUACGUCCUACUUUUCUGCACCAUGUGAGCUAAUGAAGACGGGCAACGCCAUGCAGGAUGCAAUGAGGGAAAUUUUUCCAGGACAGCGGCAUUAGCCUGCUCUUUUUCGAUUUUCAACUGUCGAGGGAUCUUUAACGUGCACGGCCUGUAGCACACGGGGCCUCGGUUUAUUGUCCCAUCCGAACGACUAGACACUUUUUCCAUGUUAUGAACAGAGUUUGUGCUUCCGAUUAUAAUAAAUGGGGGUGGAAUUGUAUGUAUUCCAAUUUCACUAAUCAUGAAUCCAAUGUCCACGUUGUGCACUCGCUGAUCUGAUAUUUGAAUAAAAUAAUUGAACAGACUUGACCGUAGUAAAUGUACAUGUAUAUUUAAUAUAUAUUUAUUAUUUUUAAUUUAUUAAAAUGUAAAACGUUCAUAAUCU